UUAGGAGGGGAGUCAGGGGGUUUUAGGGAGAAAUUGUAUUUUUGGGAUGUAGAAAUUAGUUUAGACGCUUUUAUCUUCUGUAAACUUCCAAUACCUGAUUUUUCAGAAUUCUUAUGAUUGUCGAAGUAGCUGGCGAUGUUUAUCACUUUUAAUGGAGAAUUUUACCUAAAUAGGAAAGCGUGAAAGCAACACAAACAAAUUCCUAAACAUCAUGAUGAAGGACCUCUUCAUCGAUGAUUUCAAUAACGUAAGUGCAAGUUCAAAGAGGACCCUUAACCCAAAACUCCUGAUAUUUUUUGAAAUCUUAUGACUCCGAACUCCUCUGUUCUCUUUAUCCGGAUUGGCAAAUUUUGCCAUGCUUUAAAUCUAUAAUUAUCCAUAACUGGAUGCCAUAAGUUCUCAAAGAAUUUUUGCUAAUUUUUCCGUAUAGCAUCUAGAAGAACCUAAGGAAGAAACAUUCUCAGAGGUUAUCACCAGAUCUUGGGGAGAUCUCAUCGAGAGAAUAAAAAUUAUUUUUACAAAAUGCUCAAUUUACGAAAAUUCCGGAAAGAUCUUCCGGAAAAUUAAGCAAGAAUGUGCCUAUAUUGGCUACCAAAGCUGGAAAUCAACCAGCAUGAGAAUUGAGAUUCCCUCUCUCAUCGCAAUUCUAAUCAUGAUACUCACAACUCUAUUUGUAGUAAUUAAGAAUACCCUAUCUUGCCAUGAAAUCUGUCCAAUAUCCGUAUGAGCAUGUUUUAGAUAUAUAUCGGUCUGUCCUUUCCUUCUCAGCAGCUGGCUCCUCCUCUUCAUAUACUAUCUCAAGAGGAGAACGAUAUCCUCCAAAGUAAAAUUGAAACAGUCAAGGCAACAAAUCCUUGAGAUGAGAGAAAUAAUUAAGAUGAUGCCUUUUGGAGUUGCCAUAAUACCCAAAAAUCCAAAUGCCUCUCAAAAGAACUUCCUUAAUGACGAAUUCCAACAGAAAUACAUUGGAAAAUGGGGAAAUCUUGAAGAGCUCUUAAGAAUUCAGGGAAAAUAUGAUGAUUCAGAUUUUAACCAAGAGAGGUCCAAGAAGGAUUUUAAUCGUUUUGAGACAGACAAGAAUGUUAUUUUAAGAAUCAACAAAGAUAAUAUCAGUUAUAAGUGUAACGACUCUGGUGAUAGAGCCUGUAACAUUAGUACAGCUAUUGUUAAUUGGGAAGGCAUUCCUUCCUACAUGCAUAUUAUUAAUGACAAUACUGAGCUGAUAAAAGCAGAAGAAUCUAAGAUGAACCAAAAAUGCCAAGAAAUAAUGUUUACUAAUGCUUCUCAUGAUCUUAGAACUCCCUUGAACUGCAUCCUAAACUCUUUCUCGAUACUUGAAAACUCUUUCAAAACAACUAACAAACUCAUCACACCGCUAGUGUGCCAUCUUUCCCACUCUCAGCAGCAACUUCUAGCUAGCAACAAUCUCGAGAUCAAAAAUUUUCUGAAAAACGGUACAAAUUCUUCCCACUUGCUCCUUGCUCUUGUUGAUGAUAUUUUGAAUCUUUCCAAGAUCAAAAGCGGAAAAUUUGAUGUCAAAAAAGAGAAAUUCCAAAUCCAGGAUCUCUUCACCGAGAUCUACUCUAUCUUCAAACCCCAAUGUGACCAAAAGAAACUAAAAUUUGAUAUCCAAGUCUGUGAAGAAAUGCAAAAAUUUACUCUAAUAUCAGACCCUACUGUAAUUCGUCAGAUCCUGAUCAACCUCGUGUCAAACUCACUCAAGUUCACAUUCGCAUCUAUUAAAGGUGUAAAAACGAAAGAAUCUGGCUUAAUGUCUAGUGGUACUAUGAAAUGAUUAACCCCGAAUAUACCCAUAUCAGAUCCCUUAAAUCUCGCUUUUAAAAGUCACAUAACAAUCUCAGCUACCUUCACAAAAAGGAAAGGGAAAAAUUACGUCCAUUUCUCAGUGGAGGACUCUGGAGUGGGAAUACCUGCCCAAAAGAAGGACAAACUGUUCAAGUUGUUCCACCUGGUCACCAAGGACGGAGGCCUCAGCAACAAUGUGACUGGCCUGGGACUUACUGUUUGUAAAGAAUAUACAGAAGCUCUAGGAGGAGAAAUUUGGCUCGAAUCAGAAGAAAAUUUAGGAACAAUAGUGAGCUUUGUCGUUCCUUGAUUAUAAAUAUGUUUAUUUUAUACCUAUUCUAAAAUUUAUAAA